GGGUGCGCCAAACGCAGCAGUGUUCCGGUGUGCUCGGGGUUGGGGUGUGAAGGGUACACUUGCCAUUCGUCUCCAGGAACACUAUGGACAGUUCACCAGCUCCUGAUCAUAGCCCUUCACCAUGGAAUCAGCCAGAACAGGAUUUGGCAAAUGGCAACAUGCAGAUUGAUGAUGCGUCUUACAUUCCUGCUGAGAUGAAAAGACAUUUUGACUUCAUAGAUAUUAGAAAAGACGGCCGCCUGCUGCUGGGCGCCUCCAGCCUGACGUCACGCUACUGGACUGGCGACGUGUGGCUGUUCAACAAGGCGGCGGACGCGCCCGACAUUGGCCUCUUCUCGGCGGCCCGCGAGCUCGAGAGCGGCACGUCCUGCGGCAAGUUCAUCGACGGACUCGGCGUCCGCGCCGUUGUGUGUCAGGACCUGGGCGUGGUGGAGGUCCUCGGCUGGGAGGAGCCGGACGAGGACGCCACGGACGAGCGCCUGCUCAUCACGCACGGCCGCAGCCUCGAGCACGACGGUGCCGUGCUGGCGCUCGACACGCUGCCGGCCGGCGACGGCGGCGCCGGCGACGCUGACGCCGACGCCGUGCGCGCCGUCACCGGCAGCGCCGACGGCGCGAUCAAGGUGUGGGACCUGGAGACGCUGGUGGCGGACGCCUCGUACCCGGGCGCACACUGCCACUGGGUGACGGGCGUCACCUGCCACCCGAGCCUGCCCCACCAGAUGGUGUCGUGCGGCCUGGACGGCCAGGUGCUCAUGUGGGACACGCGCGCCGCCCGACCCGCCUCACAGCUGGCCGGCGGCGGCGGCGACCGGCCGCUGUGUGUCGCCUGGUCGCCGACAGAUAGCACCACCGUCGCCGUGGGCUGGGAGUCGGGUCGCGUCUCGCUGCUGAACGCCGUCGGCGGGGGCGAGACGGCGGCGGCGGCGCGCGGCCGGCCUCUGCACCGGCUCUGCUGGCACCCGCGCCGGCCCUGGCUGGCCGCCUGCGGCGACGAGGCGAGGGUGGACGUCCUGGCUGCCUCCGACCGCAUCCAGACGCUACACUCGGACGAGCUGCACACGGACAUGGUGCGCGGCCUGGCCUGGCAGCCCGACUCGGACACGCUCUACUCGUGCGGCUGGGACAAGCGCGUGCUGAGCCGGCCGGUGGGCUGACCGGCGGCUGGCCCGACCCGCCCUGCGUCUCGUUCAUCCCCCGUCGUUCAUUAAUACACGUGUCUCCUCGA